AUAUUUUUAAAGGAAGAGUUCCUGGGUAUUUCACUUCCCUUAGUGACUUGAUUCCAGAUUUGCCAUCAUCCACACAUCGUCAGGACUUUGUGACAUUUAAUACACAUGCUCCAAGCUCUAAUUCAUAAAGUAAGGGCCAUUUUCCUAAUUGUAAAUCAUGUCUGAUAACGGAGAACUGGAAGACAAGCCCCCAGCACCUCCCGUGCGAAUGAGCAGUACCAUCUUUAGCACUGGAGGCAAAGAUCCUUUGUCAGCCAAUCACAGUUUGAAACCUUUGCCCUCUGUUCCAGAGGAGAAAAAGUCCAGGAAUAAAAUCAUCUCCAUAUUCUCAAGCACAGAGAAAGGAAGUAAAAAAAAAGAAAAAGAAAGGCCAGAGAUUUCUCCUCCAUCUGAUUUUGAGCACACCAUCCAUGUUGGGUUUGAUGCUGUUACUGGAGAGUUUACUGGUAUGCCAGAGCAGUGGGCUCGCUUACUGCAGACCUCCAACAUCACCAAGCUGGAGCAGAAGAAGAACCCGCAGGCUGUGCUGGAUGUCCUCAAGUUCUAUGACUCCAACACAGUGAAGCAGAAGUACCUGAGUUUCACUCCUCCUGAGAAAGAUGGCUUCCCUUCAGGAACGCAAGCACUGACUGCCAAGGGCUCGGAGACAGCAGCCUCGGUGGCAGAGGAGGAGGAUGAAGAUGAGGAGGCUGCUCCCCCUGUCAUUGCCCCGCGGCCCGACCACACGAAGUCAAUUUACACACGCUCUGUGAUUGACCCCAUCCCUGCACCAGUGGGUGACUCUCACAUUGAUGGUGGUGCCAAAUCUACAGACAAACAAAAAAAGAAGACCAAGAUGACAGAUGAAGAAAUUAUGGAGAAAUUAAGUACUUACCUGGUUGGAGACGAGUUGUUUGUAGUCAUGGAGUACCUGGCUGGUGGGUCACUCACAGAUGUUGUCACAGAAACGUGCAUGGAUGAAGCUCAGAUUGCGGCUGUGUGCAGAGAGUGUUUACAGGCGUUGGAGUUUUUACAUGCUAAUCAAGUGAUCCACAGAGAUAUCAAAAGUGACAAUGUGCUGUUGGGAAUGGAGGGAUCGGUUAAACUUACCGACUUUGGUUUCUGUGCCCAGAUCACCCCUGAGCAGAGCAAACGCAGCACCAUGGUUGGGACCCCUUACUGGAUGGCACCUGAGGUGGUCACACGGAAAGCGUACGGCCCCAAAGUGGACAUUUGGUCUCUGGGCAUUAUGGCUAUCGAGAUGGUCGAAGGAGAGCCUCCAUACCUCAAUGAGAACCCCUUGCGGGCCUUGUACUUGAUAGCAACUAAUGGAACUCCAGAACUUCAGAAUCCAGAGAAACUGUCUCCAAUAUUUCGGGAUUUCUUAAAUCGAUGUUUGGAAAUGGAUGUCGAGAAAAGGGGUUCAGCCAAAGAGUUGUUACAGCACCCCUUCCUGAAAUUGGCCAAACCGUUAUCGAGCCUGACACCACUGAUCAUGGCGGCAAAAGAAGCAAUGAAGAGCAACCGUUAGCAGGGUGGCUGUGUUCUCGCACUCUUCUCCGUUUUUCUAAAGAAGUCUUUUAAUAUAUGAAAAUGAGUACUCUUUGGGGGGUUAAGGAGAUGGUCUGCAUAACACAGAGGAAAAACACAACUAGUCCCUGAAGACAACCAAGAGAGAAAGUUGCAAAAAGAGAAUUAUGACUUUCAAAUGAACCCCUUCUUUAGGGUCCAAAAGAAGUGGUGGACUGAAUCACUGUGCUUACAUAGCAGACAGCCUUGCAGGCCAUUUAUCAUGCUAUUUGCAUUCUACUUUGCUGACUUUGUUACAAUAGAUCUUGUUCGUUGUCUCCUUUGGGGUGUUUUCAAUACUUGAAUGGUAGAUUCGAGUUUUUCGGAGUAUUUGUUUCAUCUGCUGGUCUUGUGUUCUCUUUCAUAGCUUUCCUUUCCUUUGACUUGCUCUGAGAAGUUUUUCUCAUGCCUAAAUUCAAGGCAAGUAUCAUAGAAAUUAUGUAGCUCUUUAUAUUGACAAAGGAGGUUGAUACAGUUUCACCUUUUUUAGAGUUAGGACCAGCUAUUGUUAUGUGUAAUAUUUUGGCUCAGAACUUGAACUGAAGGAAGGGGAAGAAACGUAUGUAAUUUUUACUUUUUUUAACAAAUGUGAAAGUCAUUUUUAGAAAUUUCCUGUGAGUUUGGCAUUUGUUACAUGUAUAGAAAGACUAAUAAUCUAUAUUUAUAACUAAAUCAUUGAACCAGAAAAAGAAUUCCAUGCACUAUACAUUCGUACAAUUUUGUCUUCCUUUUCAACUUGUUUUCUCUUCAGAUUUGGCUUCUGGAACCAAAGUUAUUUGUUCUUGCUCCAACUUGGGCCUCAUGACUUUGUUUGGUGCCACUGCCUUCCCUUUCCCCUUGUCUUGGAAAUAUGUUUCUGUAUAUGUUGCAACUCUAGGUGUUUUGAUUAACCCUGUCUCACUUCUCACAAACUCCCAUACUUCCUAUGGACAUUAUACCAUAACCAGUGAAUUUUCAGAACUUAAAAGUUGACUUUUCUUCUCCCCUUUAAAAGGAAAUAUAUUUGGGGCUAGCAAAAACAAGA